UCGGGAACAUGUGUUUUUGUUUUAGUUUGUAAUGGUGUCAUUCGUCGUUCUGCUUUUUUAUAAUUUGGAUGUACAUUUAAUAUUAGGUUUGAGGUUUUAAGAAGAAGCAGCUAUUAUUAUUAAAAGAAUUCACAGAAUAUAUUCAAAAUGAGUGCAAAAACUGUCAGAAGUGUUAGAGAACCUCUGAAAAAACCUCGACCUUUAAAAUCUGUUCCAUCUGAACCAAAAUUUAAUAUCCCUGAUCCCAAAGACACUGUGGUGCAAAAGUCAAGAGAAGAAAUAUUAGCUGAUUUAGAAACAUUGAAUGUGAGUAUCAGUAAUUGGACUUUUGAUGAAGUAACAGCAAUGGAUAUUUCUCGUAUGUGUUCAAUUUUAAAGAAACGUGGAGAAGAGCUCGAUUCUUUUCAUAAAGAAGCCAUCGAUCGCUACUUUUGCACCCUUCGCAAUGCUUGUCGAGAUGAAAGAUUGGAUAUAGUAUCUCGAGUUAAACUUCUCGAAGUUAUCGAACUACGAGCUAAGAACUGGAAGAAAAAUGAAAACCUGUUAAAUUAUUUUAAUAUGAAAAUAACAGAAUUGGAGAAAAACACAAAUCCUUUAAAUAUUACUGGAAUGACUGCUCCCACUAUUCCCUAUUCAGUUCAAAACCAAAAUUUAAAUUCUCCUACUGGAGUUCAAUUAGGACCUGGGGAGAUUCUUAGAUCAUCAGGAAAGUUUGAAAAGCCAACCAAGAUUGCUGGGAAAAAUUACUUUAAAGAUGAGAUUGUAAUUCGAAAUUCAGAUUCUGGAAAAGUGAUGGGUAUCAAAGGACGACGUGUUCAUAUGAUUGAAGAAUUGAGUGAUACUGUAAUAUCAUUUCAACGAGUCAGUCCUGGUGCUCGAGAUAGACUUGUUCAGAUUACUGGCCCUCAUGAAGAAGCUAUUGGUCAUGCAAAACUUUUGGUUGAAGACACCAUUCGAAGGAAUGCGUCUCCUGUGAGAGAUACUGGUGAUCUAACUGGAUAUGAAAACAACAGAGACAUAGACUUCGGUAAUUCAUUCUCUGGAGUUGAUAAUCAAGCAUAUUUGAAGAAGAAUUUGCAACAUAGUUACAGUAUGAGUGAUGCAUCUUUAAGAGAAUUUUCUGUUUCACUCCAAAUUGGACAAGAAACUUUAACUCUAACUGGGACAAAUGCUGAUUUAUUAAAAACAGCACGAUCAGUUUUGAAGGAGUACUUUGCUGGUCAAUCAGAAAUUCUUGAAAAGCAGCAUGAGAGUUUGAGUAGACAGCUGUCAUCAGAGAAUAAUAGCCAGAGGUUUGAUUUAAGGAAGCAAUCUUCAUUUAAAAAUAGUAUGAAUAGUUUCUCAUCUUGGAAAAACAAUAAUUUUCAAAGGGAAUCCAUUUCUCCUUCAACUUCUUCUGAUGACGACAUGGGUAGAGAGGAGCGUGUGAAAAAUGCUUUGGAUUUAUCACCUCAUGAUUUUCUGGAUAAUUCAGGAGAAAUGAAAAAGCAAAAUUCAGUGUCUUCAGAAUCAUCAGCUGAAUAUGGCAAAUUUAUUCGAAGUUCAUCCCUUCCUAAUGAAAAUACCUCUCUGGCUCUUGAGACUUUGUCUAAUGUAGAAUCAGUACAAAAUGAAGACGUAUUUUCACCAGUUAUGUCACCUGAUUCUGAACCACCACCAAUACCACCACCUUCUUACAAGAGACAAACUUACAGCAGAGAAUUUCUGUUGAAAUGUGCUAAGUCACCCUUUAGUCACAACCAGCCAGCAGAAUAUGCUCGCAUUCAUCAAAAUUAUAGAGAAAUCAUUUGCCAGUCCCCUGUUAUGUUUGAUCCAGAUAAAUAUGAAGAAUCUAGGCUUCAAGAAUCAGCCGUGCUCAAAUAAAACCCUUGAUGUUUGUCCUAGAUUAAAAGAACUUCCUUAACUGUGAUUGUUGUAUCAAAAUUUUAUAUACACAUCCUUUGUAUAAUAAUAUUGUUUAUAGAGAAAUACUGAGUGUAUUUGGUUUCAAACUAUGAUUAAUUUUUUAUUAUUAUUUGUAUGAAGCAUUAAAAAAAUACAUAUUUGCAAUUAAAUUAGCUAUACUGAAAAAUUUUAUAUUUUAUAUAAAAAAUUUCGUGUUCAAGUUGAGAAUUACCAAAGAUGUAUUACAGUUAUAUAUGUAAUUUUGAUAUCAAGAACUUUGGAGGAAAGAAUUUCUUUAAACAUUUUGUUUUGUUACAAAAUUGUGCUUAAUUAUUCAGAAAAAUAUGUAUGUGAUAGUCAGUGAUGUUUAGAAGCAAAUGUUUGGAUUUUUUUUAUAGAAAUAAUAAUAUUCCCUUUUUUUUUUUAAUAAUUAUUAUUUGUAAAUGUUACUUCUAAAUAGGCUGAAAUAUUUAUCUGUUGUGUUCAAACUUUUUUCUGCUAAACUUACUGCAUAAUUGACAAAACUGAGUAUUAGUUUAUUGGAGCUUUUAUAACCCGUGCAAUGUUUCCAAUGUGAUUUUCAUAGCUUUAUGUUUGUGGGAAUAAACUAUUUACAAUUUUUUCAGUGUUUCUGCAUUUUUGUGUAUCUUAACUAAGUCUGUCAGUUGUAAACUGUAUGUAUUAGUUGUAACAACGAAUUUAAAAUAUGACCACAGAUACACACUUAUUUACAACAACAUGAAACAAAAACUCAAAUGAAGCAUGUUGUAACAUAAAUCAACUCUAUGGGACUAA